UGUAUGUGACAGUUCAUGUUUAAAAAUUCUUUUUGUUUUAUAGGUCUGUUAUCAUUUGGAGUAAAAGAAUCUGCAUGGGUGAAUAAAAUUUUCACUGCUAUUAACAUCUUGGUCCUACUCUUUGUUAUGAUUUCUGGUUUUGUGAAAGGAGAUGUUGACAACUGGAGAAUAAGUGAAGAAUAUCUCAUAGACCUUUCUGCAAUAACAGAGAAUUUUUCAUCCUACAAGAAUGUGACAAGUAUAUAUGGGAGUGGUGGCUUUAUGCCAUAUGGUUUCACAGGAACAUUGGCUGGUGCUGCAACCUGUUUUUAUGCUUUUGUAGGAUUUGACUGCAUUGCAACAACUGGAGAAGAGGUCAAGAAUCCUCAGAAAGCCAUACCCAUUGGGAUUGUGGUGUCCUUGCUCGUCUGCUUCAUGGCCAAUUUUGGAGUUUCAGCUGCACUGACUCUUAUGAUGCCAUAUUAUCUGCUAGAUGAGAAAAGUCCUCUGCCAGUAGCAUUUGCGUAUGUUGGAUGGGGUCCUGCAAAAUAUGUUGUAGCAGUGGGAUCCCUCUGUGCUUUGUCUACAAGUCUUCUCGGCUCUAUGUUCCCUUUGCCCCGAAUUCUGUUUGCCAUGGCACGCGAUGGUUUACUCUUUAGUUUUCUUGCCAAAGUGAGUAAGAGGCAGGCACCAGUUUUUGCCACCUUGACAGCAGGGGUCAUCUCUGCUAUUAUGGCAUUUCUGUUUGACUUAAAGGCUUUAGUGGACAUAAUGUCUAUUGGCACACUUCUUGCUUACUCACUUGUGGCAACCUGUGUCCUCAUUCUUAGGUACCAACCCAGUUUAACCUAUGAGCAACCCAAAUAUUCCCCAGAAAAAGCAGCCUUGGCUGCAUCAGAAUCUGCUGUAAGUGAAUCACAGAUAAAUAUGAUACAGAAGAGUCACUUCAGUCUUCAGACUCUGAUUAAUCCAUCCAGUUUACCUACAGAACAGACUGCAACUACUGUUAACUGUUUAGUGGGUCUGUUAGCUUUCUUGGUUUGUGGCUUGAGUGCACUCACUACAUAUGGGACUCAUUUCAUUGCUAACUUGGAGCCCUGGAGUACUGGCCUUCUUGCUGCAUUGGUGGUGUUCUUCAUAGUUACCAUUCUCCUCAUCCAAAGGCAGCCUCAGAACCAGCAGAAAGUGGCCUUUAUGGUUCCAUUGUUGCCAUUUUUACCAUCACUCAGUAUCCUGGUAAAUAUUUAUCUAAUGGUACAGUUAAGUGCAGACACUUGGAUCAGGUUUAGCAUCUGGAUGGCACUUGGUAAGUAUAUCUGCUCAUUUAAAUCUCCUCCUUUGUUAGGACUGAUGAAUCCUGUCUUAGAUAAUUCAAUACUUUGCCUUUAAACAUUGGAACAAAAGUCUAUGUUUUAGUAAAAUCGUUUAGUAUUUCUAGUAAAAAAAUAAAUCACGCUUUAGAAGGGAUAUGUAUAUAUAGCCAAAACCGUGAAAAUAGUUUUGAGGUAAUAGGAAGAAUCAAAGUUAUAGAAUUAAUUCCAGUAAGUUACAGUACUUUUAUUUCUUGUCUACUUAGCUAAAUGUGUGCUGAAAUCUUUUUUGUAACAGUCUUCUUUUUGCUAUAUCAGACAUUCUCCUUUAAGAUAUGGAAAACUGCAUUGAUUUUAUGUAGUCAUAAAUUAGAGAUACUAGUUUCCAUGACUUGGCCUAGGGAGCCUGCUUUGGCGGGGGGUUGGACUCGAUGACCUUUAGAGGUCCCUUCUGACCCCUACAAUUCUGUGAUUCUGUUAGAACAAUCAGUUAUGCAAAAAUGAUGCACUGGAAUUUAGCAUCUCUACUUCCUGUACAAAGAGGGAAGACCUGAAGGUUGAGCUAUCAUUCUUAUACCUGGCUUUGGAAAAUUUACUCAGCCAGACAGUAAAAAAUAAUGACUUUCUGAUGCACUACUUGCCUAAAAACCC